GAGCGGUGGGAUGGCGACCCGGAGCAGUUUGAGACGUUCGGGGAACCCGGGUGCAAAACGUUCAAAGAACACGUUGGGAAGCACAUAUUCCAGGAAACAGAAAGCUGGUCCAAAGCCCAGGCUCAAGGAUGUGUUUCACUUUUCUAAUAAUUCUGAUGUCUCAAGCAUACGGGGAGAACUCGAGGAAGAAGAGGAGCCUUACGAAACCUUCGACCCCCCUCUGCACAGUACUGCUAUCUACACAGAAGACGAACUGUCCAAACACUGUGUGUCCUCCAGUUCCCUGGCCACCCACAAAGGGAAGGAGAGCAGAAACUUGGACCCUUCUGAAAACGAAGCAAGUGGAAAUGAGUCUAUAAAGCUCGGAGCAAAAAAGCCAAGGAGAAAGCUGGAGCCCAACAGCAGUGAGUCUGACAGCUCUGUAGGCGAUGUAAGGAGGAAGGCAGCAUCUGCAGAAGGACGAAGGCCACGGCAGAGCCAGGCUGCUCCUGCAGCAUCGUCACCCGCCGAGAGGCCAGCAGAGCCAGUCACUCCCAGGAGGACAAGACUCCACAGCGCUCAGCUCUCUGCCGUAGAAGAGACUCCAGCAACCCAGAGUCAGCUGAAAGCUCAGAGGAAAGUGAGGCCAUCUCCUGGCAGGAGGAAGAGACCAAGGCACGAAGCCACAGACUCAGAUGCUUCUGAAAGUAUGCUUAUCUGGUGUCUGGAAGGAAAGAGACGGAGUGACAUGACGGAGUUGGAUGUUGUUCUGUCUGUACUUGAGAAAACCUUCCUGGAGUAUAAGCAAAGAAUAGAAUCUGAAAGUUGUAAUCAAGCCAUCAACAAGUUUUAUUUUAAAAUUAAAGCACAACUCAUCGGAAUGCUUAAAGAAGCCCAGAUGCUAAAAGCCCUGAAAAGGAAGAAUACCAAGAUAAUUUCCGACAUGGAAAAGAAAAGGCAGCGUUUAACUGAAGUCCAGGAUGAACUGAUUCGAUUAGAACCACAACUGAAACAACUACAAACAAGAUAUGAUGACCUUAAGGAGAGGAAGGCAUCUCUUAAGAAGUCCAAGCAUUUCUUAUCUAAUUUAAAACAGCUGCUUCAAGAUUAUCCAAGCGGUCAAGAGAAAGGACCAAAGGGAAAGGAAAGGUAUGAUUCAUCUAGCCUUCCAGCUCUGUUAUUUAAAGCAAGAAGCAUUCUGGGAGCUGAAAACCACCUGAAAACCAUCAACUAUCAGCUGGGGAAGCUCCUUGAGCAAGACUGAGAACUGAGCCUCCUGCUGCCGUUCCUGCUCCUGAAGCCAUGCUCCUGACAGCUGCGCCCCUGUGCUGACGGUAGUAAGGCCUGCUUAUCAGGGUGUACUACCGUUUUGUGUCAUUCAAACUAAAUUACACCUCUUCAGUUGUCUAAUUUCUGAGUAUUGUGUUAAUAAAUUUCAAUCUCUUGACAGGUUAGUCAUCACCAGGCAUAAGCAUGUUAAUGACAAUAAACUCUUUAAUGAUGUCAGUGCAAAUGCAGCAUAGAAUGAUUCUGGUUAAUUAGGAGCGUCUACUGAAGUAUGUCAAAGGUAGUCUUCAAUAAAUCUGGCUUAGGUAAACCAAGUGAUUGAACAGUUGCUAUAAACAGGUUUAACAGUAAAUUAGUAAUUUGAUUUUUGUAUGAUGUUAAAUGCAGGGCCUUGUACAUCUUAGGUAAGUAUUGUAAUGUUGGGCUAUAGUCCCAGCACUAAUUUAACAUUUAUGUUAUCAGAUCUCAGGUUAUGUAUGUCCUAUCCACAGUCAGCUAUUCUGUAAAGCUUCUAUAAUUAGUUCAUCGGGAAUAUCAUCCAUUGAACCAAGAAGGCUCUUAUCUGCAGCGUCAGCAAAUUCAGCAUCUUCUGUAGCUUCUAAGAAAAAGGCAUCAUCUUCAUCACCCCAGGCAGCAGCAGAAAGCCCGCCGGCGGGCAGGCGGCAGGAUGGUGGGGUCUGAGAAUCCUUGCUCAGUGAGUUGCUGGUUUCAUCUGUUUCUCUAGAAAUGAAAUCUUCCUUAUUUUGGAGGGAAGGAGGAAAAAGGACAGAAGAGUAAAGAUUAGUCAGAAUAUGUGGCUUCACCAAAUAUGUUGAGUUAAGGUAUGAAAUAAUAACCAGGUUUUCAGCAGCCAAUAAGCAUGCUAGCUGCCCUCUGUCAGAAGAGUCAGCAUGGGGAAGGGCAAGUUAGCUCAGACGUGCUUUUGUAGCGCAGACAUGCUUCUCUGAGGCUGAAAUUGACUAUAGCUCAUGGUAGAUACAUUUCAACUCCUCAGAUGGGGUACAGCAAAGGGAAGUUUCUAACUUAACAAGAAUCAGUGCCUAGAGCCUAUGUUAGAAAGCCAGCAUGUGAUCUCAGGGCUGGGGAGGCAGAGACGUGGACCCCAGGAGCUUGGUAGCCAGCCAGCCAAGCCUCCUGAGUGACUAUCAGCCCAGUGAGAGGCUGCAGCUCAAAAAAGGAAAAAAAAAAAAUGUCUGGAGGAAUGACACCCAAAGUGUCCCUCUGGCCUGUAUGCCUGUGUACAUGAGCACACACAUGGGCAUGGACACACACAUGCAUACAUAAAAGGAAGAUGAAGGGGAAAUGGCAAUGUCAACAGUUCACCGGGAAGGUACUGUUUCUAUACUCUGGUUUCUAAAAGAAAAUAUUAUGUUCAAAUAAUAGUAAUAUCAUAUAUCAAGAAUACUUUGACUUGGCAUUUUUGAGGUAUUAUUAGAAAAAAAAAUUUUCUACCAAAGAUGUCACCAAAAUAAUUCCAUGGCUGGGAAUGUAGAUCAAGAGAGAGCCCUUGCUUCCCAUAUAUUAGGCCUAAGUUCAGUUCCUGGCACUGCAAAAAAUUAAACCAUCCAAAACCAAACACUGCUCUGAUAGGAGAUAAUUAAACAUUUUUAAUCUGUUCCUAGAUACUAUUUUUAAAUCUAGUAGUCUGUCAGAGAGUCUGCUUAUCAGUUCUUUUAUGUCCCCCUCCAACAAACCAAGCAUGGGAUUUUAACUUUAAACUUGGAUGUUGGGUCUGAAGAGAUGGCUCAGUGGUUAAGAGCAUUGCUGCUCUUCCAGAAGAUCCCUCCAGGGCUGCAGUCCCCAGGACCCACAUGGUGGCUCACAACCACCUCUAACUACAGUUCCAGGGAACCCAAUGUUUCUGCUUCCUUGGGUACCAAACACACAUGUGGUACACAGAUGUACAUGCAAUAAAAUCACCCAUACAUAUAUGAAGUAAAAAAAAUUGAAUAUGAUGUUUUCAGAAGAGAUUUUUAAGUACAGAUUUCAAAGGAUGCCAGAGGUUUUCUAAACUAUAAAUGUAAGGAGCACUUAUUCAGCUUGUAGCAGGUCAGGUAUUCCAAUCAUGACAAUCUGGAAGAAUGUGCUGAUAUUUUUUUAAGGUGAAAAUGAAAAUAAAAAAUUAACUCUAACACAUAACAAAAAGUAUUAAAAAUUAUCAGAAAUAUUGAUCCAGAAAUUCAUAAAAUAAC